UCGCAUCCUUGGAAGCAACAAUUAAGCAGCUCUGGGAUAAAACACACUGCCUGCAGGAGCACGGGGGCAUUGCUUCAAGAGAUGGCAAGGCAGGCAGCUGCACCCCUCCUUCCCGGAGUCCUCCUCCUCUUCUCCAUCCUCCCGGCUACUCAGCAAGGAGGGGUCCCUGGUGCUAUCCCUGGAGGGGGAGUGCCAGGAGCAGGCUUUUUCCCAGGUGCUGGGGUUGGAGGUUUGGGAGCAGGACUUGGGGCUGGAGGAAAACCUCUCAAACCAGGGGUCGGAGGCCUCGGGGGACUCGGCCCACUUGGCCUGCAGCCAGGUGCUGCGGGUCUCUUUCCUGGAGGUGCCUUUCCUGGGGGCGUCUUCCCAGGCGCUGCCUCUGCUGCUGCGCUCAAGGCUGCUGCAAAAGCUGGUGCUGGCAUUGGUGGCGUGGGUGGAGUUGGUGGUCCUGGUGGCCUCGGGGUCUCCACAGGUGCAGUGGUACCGGGCGGGGUGCAGCCCGGGGUUGGUGCAGCAGGGAAACCCCCCAAAGUACCAGGUGCUGGGAUUCCUGGAGCUUUCCCAGGUGGCGUGCUCCCUGGUGCAGGUGUCCGCUUCCCUGGUGUAGGGGUGCUGCCUGGAGUACCCACAGGUGCUGGAGUCAAGCCAAAAGGUCCAGGAGCAGGAGCCUUCGCAGGAAUCCCUGGACUGGGAGGUUUUGGAGGUCAGCAGCCUGGUGUCCCUCUGGGGUAUCCCAUCAAAGCUCCUAAGCUCCCAGGUGGCUAUGGAUUGCCCUACAGCACUGGUAAGCUGCCCUACGGCUUCGGGCCCGGCGGGAUAGGAGCUGGCAUCGGGGCAGGAGGAAAGGCAGGGUACCCCACUGGAACAGGAGUCGGAGCACAGGCAGCAGCAGCAAAAGCAGCAGCGAAGUAUGGAGCCGGUGUCCUACCUGGGGCUGGCAUCCCGGGAGUCGGUGGAGUGGUACCUGGUGUCGGUGUGGUCCCAGGAGCUGGAGUUGGAGGGCCAGCAGCAGCAGCAGCAGCGGCAAAGGCAGCAGCAAAGGCAGGAGCGUUUGGACCAGGGGUGGUGCCUGGGGUUGGCGGUGUCCCAGGCCUCAUACCCGGCGUUGGCGGUGUCCCCGGCUUGGUGCCUGGUGUUGGAGGUGUCCCCGGGGUGGCAGGAGUCGGGACGCCGGCAGCAGCGGCAGCAGCAGCAAAGGCAGCUAAGUACGGAGCUGGUGUAGGUGUCCCUGGCAUCGGUGGUGUCCCUGGUGUUCCUGGCAUCCCUGGUGUCCCCGGUGUGCCUGGUGUACCUGGUGUGCCUGGUGUGGCUGGGGUUCCUGGCGUGGUGCCUGGUGUUGGAGUGGGUGGCCCAGAAGCAGCUGCGGCGAAGGCUGCAGCAAAAGCCGCAGCGUACGGUGCAGGGCGUGUGCCCGGUGUCGGUGUGCCCGGUGUCGGUGUGCCUGGAGUUGGCGUGCCCGGAGUUGGUGUGCCUGGUGUCGGCGUGCCUGGUCUGGUGCCUGGAGUCGGAGGCAUACCAGGUGUCGGAGGUCCAGCAGCUGCUGCUGCUGCCAAAGCAGCCGCCAAAGCAGCCAAGUACGGAGCAGGUGGCCUGGCUCCCGGCGUGGGUGGCCUGGCUCCCGGCGUGGGUGGCCUGGCUCCUGGUGUAGGUGGCCUGGCACCUGGAGUGGGUGGCCUGGCACCUGGUGUUGGAGGUGUCCCAGGGGUCGGAGGUCCAGCCGCAGCAGCAAAAGCAGCAGCAAAGGCAGCCAAAUUUGGUGCUGGUGUUGGAGGGGUGCCAGGUGGGGUGCCUGGUGUUGCUGGAGUGCCAGGAGUGACGCCUGGCGUUGGUGUUGUGCCCGGGCUGGUGCCGGGUGUGGGGGUACCCGGCACUGGCAUCCUCCCUGGGGCAGGCAUCCCCCAAGUAGGAGUGCAGCCUGGUGCUAAACCUCCCAAAUUUGGUGUUCCCGGGGCUGGAGUCCCAGGAGUCGGCGGCAUCCCAGGUGGCCUUGGAGUCGGUGGGCUUGGAGCUGGUGGCCUUGGAGUCGGUGGGCUCGGUGCUGGGAUCUUGUAUCCAGGAGCUGUUGGGAAACCUCCCAAGCCAGGGCUCUCCCAUUCCACAGGUUUUGGUGCUGGGGGGCUGCAGCCAGGAGCUGGAGUUCCCGGCUUCGGCGUAUCACCGAUAUUUCCAGGUGGGGUCGCUGGCCAGCUGGGAUUCGGUGGGAAGCCCCCCAAGCCCUUCGGAGGAGCUCUUGGUGCCCUGGGCUUUAGAGGUGGCGUGGGCUGCGCACAAGGGAAGUACUGCGGGAGGAAGCGGAAGUAACCACUCACCAUCACUGAUGACCUCAUGAACUUUGGUGCUACUGCAUGGUCCAGAAUGUACAUCCCAAGCAAAGCUGAGACACCCCCCCUCCCCAAAACCCUGGACCCCCACUCCCAUCGCGGGGCCAUUCCCGGUCCCACAUUCCCAGGAGGGACCCCGUGCCUCUGGCAGCACCUGUCCCCCUGCCAGCCCCUCUGUCCCGGCAGGGAGUGCGGAAUAAACUGCGGGGAGCAGCUGUCCCCCUUGGUGCUAUCGCUCCCUGCGGGAUUUGGGAGGGUCGUGGGGUGUCACAGCCCCCGCCCCCCCCCAGCCCCAGAGUUGACCCCACAGGGGGAGGGGGCAGGAUGAGGCGUACCUCACAUUGGAGGGAGGGAGGGAAGGGGGUCCCAGCGGCAGGGAGGGAUGUCCCCAUCGGCCUGGCCUCCCCCCACCCCAGCCAGUCCCCACACUCCCCCCGGCCUGGGGGGGGCGCAGGCAGGAGGGGCUCUGUCCUGUCAUGUUACUCACUUUGCUAUAACUGGGUAGGACGCCCUAUACGGAGGGACUCGCUUCCAACAGACUAAUAAAGGACAAGUUUUUAAAGGA